AUGAGUCUUCCUACUCCAGGCACAGCAUGUGUGCCAUCUAGCUGCCCAGGAAGAUAUGAUAUCCAGGCUCUUAUUGGAAGAGGCAGUUUCAGCAAGGUUGUGAGAGUGGAGCAAAGAGUCACAAAGAAGCCCUUUGCGAUAAAAAUGGUGGAAACCAGCGUAAAGGAAGGCAGAGAAGCAUGUGAAUCGGAACUGAGUGUCCUCCAGAGAGUCAGUCAUUGCAAUAUUGUCCAGCUCAUAGAGAUCUUUGAAGCCCAGGAUCGAGUUUACAUAGUGAUGGAACUGGCUACAGGAGGAGAACUCUUUGAUCGAAUUAUUUCCCAGGGAACAUUCACAGAGAGGGAUGCCAUCAUAAUCCUCAAGAUGGUUGUCGAUGGACUAAGGUAUCUUCACAGUUUGCAAAUAACUCACAGGGACCUGAAGCCUGAAAAUCUCUUAUACUAUCACCCAGGGGCAGAGUCAAAGAUAUUAAUCACAGAUUUUGGGUUGGCACACUCUGGUAACAAAAAUGGUAACUGGUCCAUGAAUACUAUCUGUGGGACACCAGAAUACAUUGCACCAGAGAUUCUGUCCAGAAAACCAUACACAAACGCAGUGGAUAUGUGGGCCCUUGGAGUAAUAACGUACAUUUUACUGAGUGGCUCCCUGCCAUUUGAGGAUGAAAACCACAUAAGACUUUAUAGGAAGAUCCUAAAGGGCAAGUACAACUACAAGGGAGAACCUUGGCCAAAUGUUUCCAACUUGGCAAAGGACUUUAUAGAUAGACUACUGACAUUGGAUUCUAAUCAUCGCAUGACAGCUGGGCAGGCUCUGAAUCACCCUUGGGUAAUGACCAUGGCCAUAACAUCUUCCAUGAAGAAUCUUCAAAGAUCCAUCUCCUGGAACCUGAUGCUCAGGGCAUCACCCAAUUCUCAGUGUUCCAGAUCAGCACGGGCCUCUGAGUCUUGUCAUUCUAAUGGAUCACAACACACUUGGGGAAAGAAUAAGACUGGUACCUUUGGAUGAACAAGAACCUCUGUUGGAAAUAAUUUUCUCAUGUAUUACUUCACAUUUUAGUCAAAUAGGCUAACUCUACACUUGAGGCUUAUUUGGAGUUUUAUAAUGAGUAGCCAUAACAUGUCUUACUGUAAAUGACAUAUUAUGCCUUCUUCCCUAUAGUAGAGAGAUGGGAAAUGACUAGGACUGGAUAAAUCAGCAGCUGGGAGGAAGAGUUGAAGUAACUGAUGUCAUUACAAAAGGUACCAAUAAAACAUACUUAAA